UUCUCUCAUCACUAAGAAUUGCUUCCAAUUUACUUUAAUGUAUGUAUGGAGAAACCAAACUGAUUUGAAGUGUGGACUUGUAUCGUGCAGUAGCUUCAUGCAUUUAAUUUCCUAAACAAAAAGGAAGUAGAUAUCUUCUGAUUUUUGUGUUGACACCAAUAGGCUCGGUGCAUUCAAAGUUCAAGGACCAAUAAGAACAGUCCAAAAAGCUGAAAUUCGUAGGGUGGAGUGGCAAAGAGAUGAUUAGAUCAAGUUUGUUUAUUGUUCUUACUGUGCCCAGAGUCUUUGUGCACUGAGGAAUCUCCUGUGUAUGCAAUAGGCAAUAGGCAAUAGGUAUGAUGAAAAUCAAAUUCCUGUGAAUUACUGUAGUUAAAUGGGACUCAAAUUGUUUGGUUGACACAAUUCCUUGCAUGAUGAGCACGUCAGGAUGCAUGCUCUCAGAUUCGUGAUUUGUGCCUUUCGCAUCACAUGACACACAUCACUCACUUACGCAUCCAUUAUGGUUACUAAAUAUUUUGCAUCCGUCUUAAAUGACAUCACAACACAUUAUUUGUUCUGAGGCUUACGCAUCCAUUAUGGUUACUAAAUAUUUUACAUCUGUCUUAAAGGACGUCACAACACAUUAUUUGUUCCGAGGCAAUUUUACUUUGUGCUGAUCAAUAUUCUUUGUACUCCAACAACUGAUGUUUGCUUAAUAUGGUCAAUGAUGUGAGCUCUGUUGCUUCAUUUGCAACUAAAGAUCCUUGCUUAAUAUAUUUCUAGAAAAAAAUUGUAGAUGCCUUGCUGAGAAAGUACAAAUUUAUUUUCCAAGCAAAUACUGUACGAUUUUGAAGAAAACAAAGGUGAGGGCAGUAAGUAGCAUAAUUAGGAGAUCUCAGUAAACUUAUUUUGUGGGACAUUGCUCCUCAUUUCGAAGCAGUAUCGUAGUUUCUUGUACUUUUUUCUUGACACUAUUAGCAUUGUAGAUUAUCCUUGAAACAAUAUCAUGCUUUUAAUCUUACUGCUUUUGAACCACAUGUACAUGAUUUGGCUGGUGUAUUACUGGUACAAUAGAAUGUGAUACAAAAUUUUCUAAAUAGUUGAAGAUGGUACUUAGUCUUUUCUAUGUGCUAAAUAAGUAUUUGGGUGUUUUUAUCUAUUGUAAUGGUUGCUUCUUAUUUCUUCCCAUUGGUGUCACUGGGUUAAGUACUGAUUAUCAGUACAUGAGUGGUUGAAAUUUAUUCAUAACUGGUUGAAACAACCUGGUAUAACCUUUAACUUUGGGAAAUCUGAGUCUCUUUUUUCAUUACGCAGUUUUCUGGCACCUGAAUAUGCCAAUAGGUGGGUAAAUUACUGAGAAGUCUGAUGUCUACUAAUUUGGGGUAGUUCUAGUGGAACUUGUCACUCGGCGCAAGGCUGUCGAUAUCGACAUUAACAGACCGAAGGGACAAUAGUUCCUAAGCGAAUGGACAACUCAAUGACAGAGGCCAUAAAUACUUCAAGUACGGCAGCUUGCAACUACCUCUGCCUAGAUGCUACUCCAACUGAUGCGGGUGAUCAACUUGAUAGUGACCUGCUUGAUUUCAUGCUGGAUUUUGAUUCGACAUUUGAAGAAGAACAUGGUGAUGAUGAACUUGACUCAACCACUCAAUCCAUAAAGCAAGAAAAGAAAAUGAAGAAAGCCUUGAAGCAACUAUACGAAGCUCUUCGUGAUGUCUUCCCACAUCAGCUUGCAGAAUCCAGUGGUUUCAUCGAGGACAUGGUGAACGAAAUUCUUGCUUGCCCACCUUCUGAUGACUUCCACGCCGGUUUAAUGGACCUCAUGGCUCUUUCGAAGGAUAAAGACGCAAUCAAAAGAGCAACUGAUCUAGCAGCUCGGAAGUGGCAGAUAAAUGAGAAAAAAUUCCAGUGCAGCAAGCUUAAGGCUAACAACAUGCCGUCAGAGCGAAGAAGCUGGUUUUGCAGCAAACCGAGCUAAAAAAACCCGAGGGAGAUCCUCCAGUCAGAGCUGGAGAAGGUCGACUCAAAGUUGAGUGAUCUUUCGGCCACCAUCGCCCAAGAAAAAAGCAUGGGGAUGGCUGCACAGGCUGAUGGGAAAACGCUGGCAGAGCAGGUGCUGAAAGCAGAAGCAGGAGAAGGCGAUUUGGGUAGUGGGUCUAGAUGCACCCAUUAGGUAAUUUUUUUUGUUUUUUUUCCAGAAUGUCAAAAAACUCAAGAAAAAAAAAUCCGGAUGUACAUUUCAGUGUGAUGUGUUAGCACAAAAAUUGGCAUGGUGAAAAAACUUUUUUAGCAACCUGUAAAAAAAGAGAAAAUUCUGACCGGUAUAUAUACAUUUUGAUAUGUUCGAAUU